UCCAAGGAAGGAAGGAGGAACUGCACGAGCCGCAUGUGUCACUUCUAGUAUGCUACAAAACCGUGCUGCUAUGUGACUCCCUGGGAUUAUUUAGCUGGUCUUGAGGUUGGUGGGAAGUAAGGUUAGAACGUUUGCAAUUACAGCCAGUGUUUUUGGGGGUGCGGGGCGCGUAGGGAAGGUGGUGCAAGUGGUUUCGGAAGUGGAGCGUGGCAGCGAAAAGGAAGAAGGGGGGCUUUUCUUUCCUGUGUGAUAAAAGAUAGCUCGUUUCGCUUGCUUGCCGCGACGGGACUGACGAAGAAUAUGGCGGAGCAUCACCCGGUUUCCGACAGCAAACACAAAUCCUCACUGAACUCCGGAGUGUCGUACUCGGGGAACGGGCGCAGCAGCACGGCGGUCGCAGAGAGGAGCAGCAACGCCGGGGCAGGAGGAGGUCUGUCCGGCGGCCUGUCUCAGCCGGCCGGGUGGCAGUCCUUGUUGUCUUUUACCAUCCUGUUCCUGGCCUGGCUGGCCGGUUUCAGCUCCAGGCUCUUUGCUGUCAUUCGCUUCGAGAGCAUCAUUCACGAGUUUGACCCCUGGUUCAACUACAGGUCGACUCAUCAUCUCACCACCAAUGGCUUCUAUGAGUUUCUCAACUGGUUUGAUGAAAGAGCCUGGUACCCUCUGGGUAGGAUAGUAGGGGGCACGGUGUACCCAGGUCUGAUGGUCACAGCGGGCCUCAUCCACUAUGUGCUCAACCUGCUGCACAUUACAGUUCACAUCCGGGACGUGUGUGUGUUCCUGGCUCCGGUGUUCAGCGGCCUGACCUCCAUCUCCACCUUUCUGCUGACGAGGGAGCUGUGGAACCAGGGUGCAGGCCUGCUCGCGGCCUGCUUCAUCGCCAUCGUCCCCGGUUACAUCUCCCGCUCUGUUGCUGGCUCCUUCGACAAUGAAGGCAUCGCCAUCUUUGCCCUGCAGUUCACCUACUACCUCUGGGUGAAGUCGGUGAAGACAGGAUCAGUCUUCUGGACCAUCGGAUGCUGCCUGUCCUAUUUCUACAUGGUUUCAGCUUGGGGUGGUUACGUGUUCAUCAUCAACCUUAUUCCUCUUCAUGUAUUUGUCCUGCUUCUCAUGCAGCGCUUCAGUAGGAGAGUCUACAUAGCCUACAGCACCUUCUACAUCAUCGGCCUUGUCUUGUCCAUGCAGAUCCCCUUUGUGGGCUUUCAGCCAAUCAGGACCAGUGAACACAUGGCCGCAGCAGGUGUGUUUGUACUGCUUCAGGUCUAUGCCUUCCUGCUGUACCUGAAGGACAGACUGACCAGGCAGGAGUUCCAGACUCUGUUCUUUCUGGGAGUCUCUGUAGCUGCUGGAGUGGUUUUUCUCUCAGUCAUCUAUCUGACAUACACAGGGUACAUCGCUCCAUGGAGUGGGCGCUUCUACUCCCUCUGGGAUACUGGCUAUGCUAAGAUCCACAUUCCCAUCAUAGCGUCAGUGUCUGAGCACCAGCCCACCACCUGGGUGUCCUUCUUCUUUGACUUGCACAUCCUCGUCUGCACCUUCCCAGCAGGCCUCUGGUUCUGCAUUAAGAACAUCAAUGAUGAACGUGUCUUUGUGGCCUUGUAUGCCAUCAGUGCUGUAUAUUUUGCCGGCGUAAUGGUGCGUUUGAUGCUGACUCUGACUCCGGUGGUGUGCAUGCUGUCGGCCGUGGCCUUCUCCAGCGUCUUUGAACACUACUUGGGAGAUGACAUGAAGAGGCAGACCCCGCCUGCAGAGGACAGCAGCGAUGAGGACGACAGGAAGAACGCUGGAAACCUCUAUGACAAGGCUGGUAAGGUGCGUAAACACGUAUCAGAGCAGGAGAAGGCUGAGGAGGGCCUGGGCCCCAACAUCAAGUCCAUUGUCACCAUGCUGAUGCUGAUGCUGCUCAUGAUGUUUGCCGUCCACUGCACCUGGGUCACCAGCAACGCCUACUCCAGCCCCAGUGUUGUACUGGCAUCAUACAACCAUGAUGGCUCCCGUAACAUCCUGGAUGACUUCAGGGAGGCCUACUAUUGGCUGAGGCAGAACACAGACGAGCACGCCAGAGUGAUGUCCUGGUGGGACUAUGGCUACCAGAUAGCAGGCAUGGCAAACAGAACCACGCUGGUCGACAACAACACAUGGAACAACAGUCACAUAGCACUGGUGGGCAAAGCCAUGUCAUCCAAUGAGAGUGCAGCCUAUGAAAUCAUGAAGUCAUUGGAUGUUGACUAUGUCCUGAUCAUCUUUGGAGGGGUGAUUGGCUACUCAGGCGAUGACAUCAACAAGUUCCUCUGGAUGGUGCGCAUCGCUGAGGGGGAGCACCCCAGGGACAUCAGGGAAAGUGACUACUUUACCCCGCAGGGAGAGUUCAGAGUGGACAAAGCUGGUUCCCCCACCCUCCUCAACUGCCUUAUGUACAAAAUGUCUUACUACCGCUUUGGAGAAAUGCAACUGGACUUCCGGACACCACCGGGAUUUGACCGAACACGCAAUGCUGAGAUCGGCAACAAGGACAUAAAGCUGAAGCACCUGGAGGAAGCCUUCACCUCAGAGCACUGGCUGGUCAGGAUUUAUAAGGUCAAAAAGCUGGAGAACAGAGACCGCGUAGAGCACAAGCUGCGAGGCACUGACACCACUAAGCAGAAGUACACCUCCAAAAAGACAGCCAAGAGGAAGCGGGGAUACAUCAAGAACAAGCUUUCCCUCAAGAAGGGCAAGAAACUGACCAAGAAAUCUUUAUAGAAAGUCUACCAACAACAGAGGCACAUUGUGGACGGGAGAGAGGAAAAAUCUUAAAAACAAAACUUUCAACAAAAACAAGCAGCAACAGUAAAUCCACCAAUCAAGAUGAAUAAAGAACACCAGAGGUUCUCCAGAUCCCUGUCAUCCCGCACGUCCUCACCUGGAGGUCCAGGCUGGAAAUAUUACCAUCACCUCGGAGAACGCGUCGAACCCCAUCUGACCGCUGACCUGAUAACUGGGGUCAGGGAGGCCGAGAACAGGGGAUGUUGGCUAGUCUGAGAUCCUCCCCACACUGGUUUUAACCUGAGGAACUGUGACCUUUGACCCGCUUUUCUUUUUGUACUUGAACGUGAUAGAGAGAGGGAGAUAAACUGUCCUUAAUCCAGGGACUCAGCUUGGGACUGCUCUAUGCAUCGCAUCAUUCAGAUAGAAAUAACACGCUGUAGAGCCCACAGAUAGUACACCACUGUUCUACCAUGUCCCCAGUUCAGCGCUGAAACCCGAGACCUGCUCUCAUUGGACAGGCGGGACACACAAACACACCUGCUUCUUUAGUCUUGACCACUUACAGCACCUUUCAGAGGUAUGUGUUUGUGCUCAGAUGCUUCUGGAAGGUGCAGGUGUUGGAACAUACUCAGUAGUAAGUUUUUCAUUUCCCUCACGAUUCCAUUACUAACAGGAGUACGCGAGUACACACAUGUGCCAACAAGGAGCAGCCAUCACUCCUCAUACAGCCUCACAUAUCAUCUUAGAACCAGACUGCACAGGCUACUUUAAGGAAAAUUCACGUUUAUUACAACUAGUUUCUGUCAGUAAUGAUCACAUUUUAUUCAGCACGGUCGCCACAGUGACGUCAGUAAAAAGUCAAGGCCAGCCAAGAAACACAAGCAGUCAGGUGAUUAGAUGGGUUUUAAACAACCUCCAUGUGAGACCAACACAACUGGAAAACAAAGACACACAGUAAAAUGACUCAGUUUAGCAACUUACUUCCUGGUUCAGCUUUGAUCUACUCCAUCUGCCAUGGUUGUGCACACACAGUUGUCCUCUAGAAUGAAGGGAUAUUACCAUUUCAGGUGCACUCACGUGUUUUACCUCUAAUUAAAGGGGUCUUCCAGCAAUUUCAUACAGCACUUCCAUGAAGUUGAGACUCACGUGGGAGUGAUGAGUGAACUGAACUUGAUGUAGUACAGUGGAGUGGUUUAGGUCAUCUGGCUGAACUGCUGGCUGGUUUACAACCUGUCUGAUCGUCAGAAUGCUCGACUUUCUUGUCUGCACGUCCCCUUUGUUUUAGUGAAAUCACCGUGUUCCCAGAUCUCAGCAGUGACUUCAGUGAGUACAAUAUUAUCAUAACUGACAGAACUGAUGACUAAAACUAUGAACAUAAGACUCAAGUUGUAAUAUACCAGAAUUAUCCUUCAAGCUGUGUGUGCUGAUCUUAUCUGUAACAUUCAUACACAGUUGAACCACACUGAACCCCGAUCAGUUGUCAGUUGCAGUUCAGUGGGUAUAGCAUAUCUUUGUUUAACAUGCUUUAGGGAAGCCAGGUCUGCAUUUUAUCACUGGACGAUGAUUAAUGAAUGAAUGUGUUGCUCACACAGUCCCCAGCGGAGUGCAUGCACAUGUGUUUCUGAGCUUCAGGGUGAGAAACUGAAUGUAGAGACGAAAAGCAGUGAAAAGCAUGUGUGUGUUUGUUUUUAAUGAUAACUCUGGCUGCAGGUUUAGUCAGCAGCCUGGUUUGCCUGAAGGUAAAUUGGAGCGAGUUGGAUUGAGUGCCACUGGAUGUGAGAGUGACUGUAAAUCGUUGGGGAGUCACUACCACUUGAAAGUAAUGGGGCCCAUGUCCUUGCUUUUUGUUGCUUGUAGCAUAUGCUAACGGGAUGUCUGUCAUGUCUGCCAGUGUGAUCAUUAAAAAGCCAUUAGAAGUGUAGCCCUCGUUUGCUCACAUUUGAAAGCCUUUCAGCCAUCUGUGGCCGGGGGCAUUUGAAACACUCUUCCAGUUGAAAACAAUGUGAAUGGAAAGCAGCACCCUGUGGUGAACACGCAGCUGAAGAGUUCCUCCACACAACCUGCUGUGAGUCUGUCAGGUGCUCGCCUUUGAUCAGUGGACACCUGACAGACUGACGUGUGUCCACCUGAUCCCCUUCGAUCUCUUGUCAAAUGUUCCGCUGCACUCUGUAGGUACCAGACUGCUUCUCCCUUCACAGGCACAGUAACAGCAUCAAACACUCUGUGCCCCCGCUGCUUAUUCCCUAAUGAAUUUAGAGAGCAUGAAUGUCCUCUGAGCUGUCAGCAGGACGUGGCUUUGUUUCCACACAAAGAAGGGGCACUUUCAAAACACCUUCACACUCUACGAUUCUCUCUAAUUGGCUGAAUUUCCACUCUUUUUUAAAUCAAUUGUUCUGCCAUGCAACCAGUGGCAUAAAAGUGGCUAUUUCUUACAUGUGUGAUUUAUUAUGAUUUGAGAGUGUAAUUUGUUCCCUUUCUCAACCAAACUUUCCCCAUGAUUUAAUCCGCCUUACUCUUCUUUCUUGAAGAUAUUCCAAGAAACGUAUCCAUCCUGCGUGAGCCGACUUUGAUUCUGUUGUGAGGUUUUGUCAGAAGAACGCCAACUUAAAUCCAGGUGGAGAGGAUAGCAUUGGCCUUAACAGAAAAAAAAUCAGAGAAUUCCAGAGCUCGACAGAGUAGAUGAGUGUAUUUAUUACUUGGACGAUGGAGGCUGCGAUGACUAAAGCGGGAGUAGCGUCCUAUCACAAAAUGCAAGAAUUUUAUUUUGUUUUGAUUUUCUAAUUCAAAGGUUUCUUCCAUCAAUUGUAAUGAUCUGGAUGCAGGUGUAAGAAUGAAACAUGCCUUUUUGAAUAAAGAGGUUGAAAUAA